GUAAAGAGAGGGAGGAGAGUGAGGAAGAGUGUGUUUAUGGAGGACUGUGACAUUGCUCUGUGUAUGGUAUAUGGGAUGGACUGAUUGCAACAGUGCCAGGUGUUGAAGAGGGGUGAGAGGAGAAGAGAGACAACUCUAGCAGUGACAGCUAAGUGGUUUGCCCAGAGUGAUCCUCUCAGCUUUGGGACAUGGAGCAGCAGCAGGAGUGACUGGGACUGUGGGGACACGCAGGCAGACUUUAACGGAGGAGGACUUGUGAUUCUGCAGAGGACGUGCUAGAGAUGGAUGCUUAGUUUGACCUGGCAAUGAAGCCACUGACCUUACUGGGGUCAUGAGUUGUGUCUGCCCUUCACCUCAAUGUAACUUGCAUUCCUGGAGUUCAGUCCAAUCUACCCCUCACCUAUGCCUGCAGGACCAUGGGUAGUGUCAGCAGCCUCAUCAACGGCAACAGCCUAAACAGCAAACACUGUAAGGCAUCUGACUACGGGUUAAAAAAGGAAAUAAACCCUCACAGAAAGAGUGGAGGUUGCAGCCUUGACAGUUUACUCAGGUGUGGCUUCACUCAGGGCUCCUCAUCUACCAAUCAUCCUUCUAAAGGCCUGACCCACUCCCGCUCCGGACGAAGUGAAGAUUUUUUUUACAUUAAGGUGAGCCAUAAACCGAGGUCAGCGUACAACAAAGGGGGAUCAAUGGAAGACAACGGAGUUGAAAAGAAUAAAGAGCGAGAAUCAGAUGGUCAACUGCAACCAAAACUGCUGCUCAUGUCGGGGAACAGGACUCAAAGAACUUCUGCUGAGAAGUCAUUGGUCCGUUCCACUGCCUUCAAGCCUGUGAUUCCCAGGAGUACGACCUCCACAGAGACAGGCCAACACAGCCUGGACCGCAUCCUUUGUCCUCAGGAGAAAUCCAGGAGUCCAGGGACUCUCUCAGACUCUGGACGUAACUCCAUGUCUAGCCUGCCAACUCACAGCACCAGCGGCAGCCUAAGUGCUUCCACAGGCCCUGUCAGUCAAAGUGACAGCAGCUCCGCUCCUUCAAACAGCCUCAGCAAGGGAGUGCAGCCCAAUUUCCCUCCAUGGGUCAACGGGAACGGAGCUAACCUUGACUGUAGCUACAGGGCUGGUUCGAACAGUUGGGGGUUAGCAUCUAAGGCUAAUGGGUAUUCUGCUGCUCUGCUUUGUGCAGAUGAGGCGAGAACUCUCUCUCAAACUGCAGGUGGGAUUCGCUCCCCUAUUACUACAGAUGAGUCACUGAUUGAACAUUUGGAACAAAGGCUACUGGAGCAAGAGACUGAACUGCAGCAGCUUCAGGUGAAUUUUGAGGAGAAGGAAGCAGACACCUGCCAGCUGUUUGAGGAAAAACAAAAGUACUGUGUAGAGGAGAUGGAGGUGCUGAAGCAGAGAUGCUCCACAAAACUACGACAAGUGUCCCAAAUGGCAGCAAAAACUCAGCAAACGCUACAACUGCAGGUCAAUCAGCUCAAGGCAGAGAAAGAGCGACUACAGGAGGACGUCUCAAAGUUGACCCGAGAGAAGGAUCUCAUGGAGCUCAGGCUGAGGUGUUAUGAGACACAGAGCACACAGCUCACUCCAACACUCGAGGAAACCCAAUGGGAGGUGUGCCAGAAGACAGGGGAGAUCUCAUUGUUGAAGCAGCAGCUGAGAGACUGCCAGACUGAUGUCAGCCACAAGCUCAAUGAGAUUGUCAACCUGAGGGCCUUACUGAGGGAAAAUGCUGCAAAGAUGGAGACACUGGAGAAACUAAGUAAAGAGCAUGAGGACAAACUCUACUCCCGCACCAUAGAGGCCGAGGUAUGCCAAAAUGAACUCCAGCGCAAGAAGAAUGAGGCUGAUCUGCUGAGAGAGAAAGUAGGCAAACUGGAGACGGACAUUGAAGGGAUGAAACAGGAUCUGGCCUUGGCUAAAGAGCAGAGGCUGCAGCACAGUGCACAACAAGAGGCCUGUGCCCAGACCCAGGCCUUGGAAAGACUAAUCCAAGACCCAGACUACCCAACCGAAGGCCAAGGGCUGGAGAACAGCGGCCAAAACUCCACAGAAUUACUCCAGAGGGAAGUGGAGAGACUGAAGCAGCAGCUCAGCAAGGAGAAGGAUGCUCAGGAGAGGCAGGCCAACAGCUUUGAGCAGGAGAGGCUCACAUGGAACAAGGAGAAGGACAGGGUCAUCAAGUACCAGAAGCAGCUCCAGAUCAACUACCUGCAGAUGCACAAGAAGAACCGAGACCUGGAGAGGAUCCUGAAGGAGCUCACUGCUGAACUGGAGAGCCGGGCGGAGCUAGGCAUGGACUUCAACUACAGCUCAGGGUUACAAACAUAUGACGACGUUAUUGCCACAGAGAUUUGAUAGCACAACCAGUUAAAGGGAAAUGGGCACUUGACCGUGAUUUACCACAAAUAUUUAGGAUACUUUUACACCUGCAGAAUAUUAGAGUUUUACAAUGCUUAUUUAUUAGUAUGUGGUAAUCUUGUGACACUUUUAGUUGUUAUUUCAUGUUUACAUUCUUUUUUUUUACAACGCUGUCUGUCAUUCACCAUUAAAAUUAUGAACAUUUUUUCUUAGUUUAAUAUCAUUUAUCAGUGGUCAGUUGAUACAGGCCAGACAUUUGGUGAUUCAUUUCUUUUCAUGAUUAAUGUCUGAUGAUGACCUAUGAUAAGCAUGAUUGUGGCUCAGCAUCUGUCCCUUCCAGCAUGGAAAACAGGUCGGCAGUUUAUGCAUCAUCUAUUGUGGGUCUUAGGUUCCUUGAUCCUUAAUUAACUUAGUAUGCAUAUUCACAUUACUGCUAUGCUCCUUCACUGUCUGUUCUUGUGGCAUUCAUGCAUGAAAAACUCAGUUUAAACAUUUCAGUCACUUCAAAAACAGCACAAAGGGCUUAUGCACUUCGAAAUACUGUACAUGUUCAAAUAAUAUUAAGCUGGCAUGCAUCGAUCCAAAAGUGAAACUUUUAACACAACAUGCAAAUAGACAGUCUGAUAUUUUAUUUGACCACCUGCAUGUUUAUGAUAUUCUUGUUUUGUUUUUUGUUUUCAAAUUCAAACUUGGUGUUAAGGACAUUUCAGUGAUUCAUCUUGAAAGGCAGAAGAAAGAACUUCAGGUGCCAUACAGAUCACUUUUCUACUUAUACAAGAACCAUCUCUCCGUUUAUAUAUGAAAGUGUUUUUCUUUAAGAACCCAAACCUUAAUUAAUAUAUUUAUAGGGAAUAAGCUCAGGUCUUUGUUAAAGCAAAUUAUACACCUUAACUAUGCAGACUACAAAGGCUUAGAAAUCAGUAUGUCGUUCUACUUCCUGGUACAGAAAUGUCUGUCAUACAGCAUAUACUGCAGAACACCUCUGUCUGAAACCAAGUGCAAACUAUUUCAGGGAUACUCUUUGUGAUCUGUUUGUUUAGAGGCAGAUUAAAGGGGCUUGAUGGAAUAGGUAAUGUCCGUUAAUGUCUAUCUCUCUCCUAAAGUUGUUCAUCUUCGGCGUAAGCUAACACAGCUCCACACUGAGACAAACAGUCCUUCCUUGCAGCAGCCCUGGACAUUUGGCUUUGCUCUUUUGGAUCUAUUCCACUAUUCACAAGGCCACAGCAGUUUGUGAAGCAAAGGUUUAACUACUCCCACCCACACAAGUCUCAAGGGCCAGCACAAAGUAUUAAGCAAAAAUGUAUGCACACACACUGCACGGGUCAGGAAUGUGGCAAUCUUGAGAUUACUCAGCUACCCACCAUUACAUUACACUAGCACUGCAGGUCAGGAGAGAUUUAGAGGCAGGCAGACUUAAGUGGAGCUGUAAGGUGAGGGGCUGUGAGCAGUGGCCCUCAAACUCAAGUGACUGAUAAGUGUUUUACAGCACGUACUAGGCAAA